AGGCCUAAAUAAGAUGUAUUAGCAUAUCCCUCCGUCUUUCUUUUUUUUAGAGAGAAAAUAAAAAUAAAUAUUUAUAUACUGUAGUUAUAUUUUUAAAAUUAUGAUUAUGAUUCUUUAAAAGAAUGCUUAAGAUUAAUAUUCACCUCAUCUCUUUCAUAGACUAUCUGGCUUCAAACUUUUUCCACUUCGGUACUCAGCAAAAUUACGCAAAUUGGUGGUAGGGGAAAUAUGUUUUAUACCGUAUAAGCUUCAAUUUCUGUCAAAAUAUUUAAAAAAAACGAAACAAAAAACAAAAAACCACAUACACAAAUUUUCAACACUAAAAUUGCAGAAUAAGUCAAACCCGCCAGCAAGCAUGGUUUAAAAAACAAACUGUAGACAUGUCAGACACAGUCAGGGACUAACCCCAUAGUCCUGCUAAAUUAUACGUGGGUAACAGACUCCAAUUGGUUAAAAGCUAAUAUGUUUUCAAAAGCAUUUUACAACAAAGAUAAGGAAGAGGUCAAAAGAUCAAAAUCUGAAACCUACUACUCAAGCGUAGAACAAAAUAAUGGAAUUACAGUAACCGACGUGCAGUGUCCCGUAUCUUUUUAUAUGUAGACCUAUUGUAUGGAAGGUAAAUCCAGAAAAGUGCGAUGACUUAUUUCCGAGGUCGAUCUGUAAACCGAAAUGAACAAAGUAUUCCAAUAGAAACACUCCCAUUGUAGCCUACGUCAGAAAUACAAAUUGAUUUCUUUAUUUUUAAAGCUUCACUACAGCGGUAAACGAGGAGAGCAAUAUCAUUACGUUUUAAAGUAUUUAUAGGACUAGCUCCACAUUUUCACCCUGUUGGUAACAUUCUACAUUACUUUGCCAGAGUUGUAUCAUACCUAUGCUAUAUCGCAUUACACAAUGGGUUCAGAGCUGGAUGUUGGAUAUGCGUGGGUUGUCGCCAUUGCAAGUUGGACAGCAACUCUUAUAUAUUUAGUGGUAACGACAAGUGGGAUUUAUUAUCCUUAUUUGAUUGACUAUUACGAAGAAAGUGCAGCAAAGGUUGGAUUCGCACUUGCACUUAUUCCUACACUCAAAUUUCUUUUUGGUGUGUUUAUUGCAAUCAUCGCCAAAGCAUACGGCUGCCGAAUUGUUACUAUUCUCGGAAGUUUUAUGGUGAUGAGUGGCUGUCUUUUAAUGGCAUACUCAACGAGUAUUACUGCGGUUUUCCUGGCUUGUAGCCUUAUUGGUAUUGGAAUAUGUGUAAACUAUUUCGUAGCUUACUUCACCUUAGAUGUUUACUUUAAAAAAUAUUUCACUUUAGUGAUAUCUAUAAAAGCAGCAAUAAACGGUGCAGCGCUUAUGAUGGCACCGUAUGUCAAUCGGAUGUUCGUUAUCAAUUUUGGAUGGCAACAUUCAUAUCUCCUUCUCUCGGCAAUAUCGUACCAUCUAGUUCUGUGCGGAGUGAUAUACAGAGCGCCAAAAAUAAGUUCUAAUGAAGAAUCUGAAGAACUUUCUCUUCUGGUGGUGGAGCAAGAAAAUAAUUCUCCCCAGCCUGAUUUACAAAUCACUCCAGCAGAUGAAAAAUGGUGUCCUAGUUGGUUGAGGUACAUUUACGAAAUAUGUCAUUUGCGUUUGUUUAAAAGCAACGCGUUUGUUGUUCUUGCUUUCGUUUCAUUAUUACAUGGAGCAGUUGAGGAAGGUGUUGAUAUGAUUAUACCGGAUGAUAUGCUGGAGCGAGGCGCCACUCUACGCGCCAGUCAGUUAAUUUUAACAGUUUACGGAGCAGGUAGUAUCAUUGGAAGACCUGUUCACUAUCUUUUUAGCAAAUUAGUUUCAAAUGAUUUAUUUAUCCAUCUAGCAACUAUCUAUUUUCUUGCGUUUCUGGCUUUAUUAAUUUGCAUUACAACAACAGAUGGCGAUCCGGUUUAUUUGACAAUGGUUUUGUUUGGGUUUUCUGUCGGUUGGUUUAGUGCAAUACAACCACUUAUAGUGAAAUCUGUGGUAGAUGAUUUUUUCUUUGGAUUUGCUUGGGUUGAUCUUCUUUAUGGCGUUGGUGCAUUCAUUGGAAUUAUAUUUCUUGGCUAUCUUCGUGACCAAGUUGGGAAUUUUUGGUUAUCCGAGUUUUUAUUGUUAUGUUUGGCAAUGAUUAAUUCAGUGCUACUUUUUGGUUUCGUUGUGUAUAGAAGGAUGAAAAAAAUAUGCUGAGAUAUCUUAUAUUUUUGUAGAUUUUCCGUCGAUACUACAAUGGAGUUGGACAAGGCAUCCCUUCACAGAAAACUUGUGAAAAUAGCCAUAACUGUUUAAUUCCUUAGUUAGACCGCAAGUUGAAACUUGUACAUUUAUUUUUAACAGCAUCAGUUCAACACAAGCCUCUAAAAUUGACAUUAUUCAACGCCGCUUCGUUAAAUUUGUUUCAAGGGUGUAAUGUUCCAAAAAGUUCUAUUAAUCUUCCUUCACUUAAAAGUCGACGUAAUUUCCUGGAUUUAACAUUUUCAUUUAAAUGUGUUAAUGGUAUCUAUGGUAAUUACUUAACAUCUUUAUUUGGUAUUUCUGUUAAACCCCGUAGGUGCCGUAAUACCCUUACUGAAUUUUUCACAAUUUCUUUUGCCAGAGUCAAUGUUACGAAAAAUGGUUUAAUCAAGAUUACCUAGAUUAUAUAACAAUCUUAGCAAAGAAGAUAAUUCCAUAGAUGUAUUUUAUAAUAGUGUAGAAGUAUAUAAAAAGAAGAUCAAAUGUAUUUUACAUAUACUAGAGUAAUUUUUGUUAUCUUUAUUGUGACUAUUUAAAUUAUUUGUAUCUGU